CCCUCGCCCGCCUGCUCGCUGUGCGCUUGGGGUUCUACAGUGGGGUCCAAUGGCGGAUUUCCCACCCGAUUUGGAGGACGGCGAGCUCUGGCUGCCCUCCGACAUCAUCCGCGACGUCGGCGUUCGCCGCCCCUUCUCCUCGUCCUCCUCCUCCUCCUCCUCCGCCGUCGCCGCCUCCCCCGGUUGCUCCGCCCACCUAGCCUACCUCGAAGGCAUCGCUCGCCAGCUCGACGCACUCUGCAUGCUCGACCGGGCCGGCCUCCUCCCCGCGUUCGGACCGCCGCGUCAUGCCCCGCCCCGCCCUCGGGUGUUCGGCUUCAAGCAGGGUAGGCCGGCGCCCCGGCUGGCAGGGGCGGAAAAUCUCGUCGGAGUCGGCGUGGUUCACGCCGGGUUCAUGACCGGCGAUGGCGGGCGGGGUGUUCCCGGUUCGAGCCCCGGCAUGCUCCGGUUUUGCUCCAUGUCGAGACCGGUUCAGACACAGGCAACCUUUGGAGCGGCCAGAGGCGGGGUGGUGCAGGCUCCGGUCCAACCGGUUCCGGACCGGUUCAUUCCAUUACCAUCUCCUGGUUCGGCGAGGGAGGGCGGGGGGACGGGCGUGUUCCUCCCACGGGUCUUCAAAGACGAAGACAAGAAGAAACCCUAUGUGAAAGGCAGAGGAGAGCAGCAGCAGCAGCAGGCGACAAGAAAUGGAGGAGUGUGGGAGCAAGGCAUGCCAUUUCAGCAUCCUCCUCCUCCUGCAGAGACGGGUCUGCCUCAGGACUGGACUUAUUGAGAGGAGAUGAACCCUAAAGGCCACUUGUUUUGUUCUCUUCCUGUCUCGUGGAAUAAAUACAAGAAGAGAAGGAUGGUGAACCAGCAUGGCGGAGGGCUUUUGUCAUUUCUGAGAACAAAAUGGUGGUGGUGGUGGUGGUGGUGGUGGGGGUGGAGGAGGAGGAGAUCAGAUUUAAUUUCCUCCUGUCUUCUUUCUAUCCUUGGUUGCUUUUGUGCUGAUGUGUGUACAUAUAAAUAAAGAAUAAUGUGGCUGCGUAUCCUGCGCCAAGGAUAAUUAUCAUGGAAUUGACAUGGUGAGGUCCAUGUUCUUCUUUGUGCUUCA